CUGGCAAACAGGAUUUAGCAGCAACUGUCCCUCUGGCAUACUGUACACCCCUGAGGACCCAGGACGCAGGACACAGCCAGCAGCUGCAACCUGGACUCUGCAGACGGCCCAGCAUCCUGAACAAUGCUGCUCGCCCUGUACACCUGUGUCCUCUGGCUGUCUACCAGCGGCCUCUGGACUGCUCAGGCUAAGGACUCUGAUGCUGACAUGAGCGUAAGGAGCCAGCACCGGGACCUGGCUCCAAACAAUGUUGACUUUGCCUUUGGCCUGUACAAGCACCUAGUGGCCUCAAGCCCCGGCAAGAAUGUCCUCAUCUCCCCGGUGAGCAUCUCCACGGCCUUGGCUAUGCUGUCCCUGGGGGCCCGUGGCUACACGAGGGCCCAGCUUCUCCAGGGCCUGGGCUUCAACCUCACCGACACGUCUGAGGCCAAGAUCCACCAGGGUUUCCGGCACCUCCAUCGCCUCCUCAGGGAGUCAGACACCACCUUGGAAAUCACCAUGGGCAAUGCCUUGUUCCUCAACCAGAGCCUGGAGCUGCUAGAGUCUUUUUCCGCCGACACCAAGCAUUACUAUGAGUUGGACACCGUGGUGACAGACCUUCGGGACUGGGCCAGAGCCCACAAGCAAAUCAACGAGCACAUCAAGAACAAGACACAAGGGAAAAUUGUGGACUUGUUCUCCGAGCUGGACAGCCCAGCCAUGCUCAUCCUGGUCAACUACAUCUUCUUCAAAGGCACAUGGGCACACCCCUUCGACCUGGCAAGCACCAAAGAGGAGAACUUCUAUGUGAAUGAGACGACCCUGGUAAAGGUACCCAUGAUGUUCCAGUCGAACAAGAUCAAGUACCUCAAUGACCCAGUGCUCCCCUGCCAGCUGGUGCAGCUGGACUACCUGGGCAACGGCACCGUCUUCCUCAUCCUUCCAGACAAGGGGCAGAUCGACGUGGUCAUCAAGGCACUGAGCCGGGAUACCAUGCAGAGGUGGUCCGAUUCCCUGACCAGCGGCCAGGUGGACCUGCGUAUCCCGAAGGUCUCCAUCUCGGGAGCCCAUGACCUUGGGGACCUCCUGGAGGACAUGGGCAUUGCAGACCUGCUCACCAACCAAGAAAAUUUCUCAGGCAUCACUCAGAAAGCCCAGCUGAAGGUGUCAAAGGUGAUCCACAAGGCCACGCUGCAACUCGAUGAGAAGGGGGUGGAGGAAGCUGCCCCCACCGGAGUCACCGGAAACGAGGCGUCCAAGCCUCUCACCAUUCACUUCAACCGGCCCUUCAUCAUCAUGAUCUUCGACCACUUCACGUGGAGCAGCCUCUUCCUGGUCAAGGUUGUGAAUCCUACCUAGGCGUCCACUUCCCCAGAGCCGCCACAGAAAGGACAUGGGAGGAGGGA